AACCAAAAGGCGCGCUGAUGGAAAUGAUGGGAAACCGGAUAACGCGCACCGGAGCCCAUGAAUGAUGUAGUGCGUCCUGUCCGGGGGGGGGGCGGGCAGAGAGGCCGAGGAUUGCAGCACCUCCAAUAGGAGGAGGCUAAAAGGGCAGUCUGACAUUUUCCAAGGUCAACCUUGAGGGAUACACGUGUCCACUUCACCAGGGAAACAGAGGAAACAAUAGUAACCAGAUGGGUGCGGUCAGGCCAUUAGAGGGCUGGGCUACAAUGUGAAAACUUUACUGCCAACUGUCCAUCCUGAGGCCACAUGACUGACUGUGUUUCAGAGGGUACGUCAUGCUGUAUUCUUGCUUUGUUAACAUUCCUGAAAAUAGACUUGUAACAAACCAUUCUCCAUAUGGUACAGAAAUCAAAUUAAAGAUAAUUGUAUGAUAUGUAUAUGUAUUGUUAUGUAUAAUAUGCAUAACAAGUGUUCAAGUUGGAACUUUGAAUGGUCAAUAUCUUUACCACCUCAUUCAUUUUAUAAUCAAUUUAUUUACAAUCAUUUUGUAAAUCAAUGUAAUGCUUGUGUCAAGGCACCCUGAAUAACUGCCUAUGCACCAAUUACUUUGAUGUUAUUAAAGUCCAUUUAUGCAUUUGCAAUAUCCACCACCAAAAGAUCAACUUAAAUUCGACCACAGACGAGCCUCCAGCGUGCAGUACCGCACUGACCCGCAGGGCGGCGGUACUGAGCCGUGUUCCCCUCGCAGGCUUCACGGUCUGCUGGUGACCAACAAGCGACUCGAGCACAGUCCGAGUGGAAGCCCGCUCACACGCCGCCACACGCAGGGGUUUCACUUCAACUGGAGGAUUACCCGGAAGACGGGCCUCGCCAAUGAGUCGUCGCUAACCCGGUUCUAACUUCGCCCUUUCUGAGGACCCUUCGGACCCCGCGCCGGAGGGGCGUAGCCUGGAGCUCUUCUUCUUCUUCUUCUUCUUCUCGGAACACCCCUUUCAUUACAAUACAUUCUUACUCAGCUGUUCUGACGCGCGCCGGCUGGACCGCAGACUCGAAUUCAGCUCCCACCAACGCGUUCGGUCUGUAUUUAUAACGUUAUAUUUCGCAGUUUUUAACGACAAUGGCUACGGAAAACAUGGAAAUGAACGGUGAUGCUGACCGAAACAACGGGGCGGAGCUCCCACUGCACGGCCCCGGGAGGAGGUCCCAGGGGCCCCUGAACAUGAACCACUACGCCAACAAGAAGAGUGCAGCAGAGAGCAUGCUGGACGUGGCUCUCCUGAUGGCCAACGCCUCGCAGCUGAAGGCCGUCAUGGAGCAAGGGCCGGACGCCACCUUCUAUGUGCCCCUCAUUACGCUCAUAAGCAUCUCCCUCAUCCUACAAAUCAUAGUGGGGGUUCUGCUCAUCUUCAUCGUUAAGUGGAACCUGAAUGAUGAAAGCACGCACUUCAAGCUGAACAUCAUGGAGAAUAUCACUACAGCAUUUGUCUUUAUCAUCGUCGUGGUCAAUAUCUUCAUCACAGCUUUUGGAGUCCAGCAAACCAACCCAAAAGCUUGAUGGACCCUCACCUCACUCUCCUGCUGAUCUACUAGUAGUAAAGAUGGCCUUCAACAUUAUCAAUGCAACAAAACAAACUGUAUCUAUCCUCCAACCAAAUAACUCAACCUCCCAGGUGGGAGAUGAGCCCGUACACACCGAGGAUCAGGUGACAUGUGUGCUUCUAUGUUUUAGAGUUCACUUCUUCUCUAUCCAUGGUUAUGAACAACUGUAGAGUCAUUUCUUCUUUUAUGUGGUAAAUUACCGUGUUACCUCAUGCUCAGGUCAGUGAUGCUGAUCAUUAUUGCCUUUAAACAAUCAGGAGUAGUAGCCUGAUGUUUUUUAUGCCUUCUAACCUACAUCUUUACGUAAUAAAAAAUUAAAAAACACAGCAUAAUCCAAAUGGCAUGCUUAAGAAUAAGAACUCCUGGACCCUUCAUCUGCUAAUCAGAUGGCAUUAGAUGAUACAUCAGGAUUACUGUCAUUUUUUAAAAUUGUUUACGAUGUUAUAAAUCUGAAAAACAAUGAAGGAAAUGGGCCUUACAUGCCUUACCUUUCAAAGGGAUUUACCUUAAAAUAUAUAUAUAUAUAUUAUUUACUUUGUGUCUGAAGUGUUUGUGUAUGUAAAUAAUGUAAGGACCCCAUUUUUUAUUAUGAUCUUGUUCU